AUGGUCUCAGAUUCUCAGGCGGACAACCACGGCAUCGUGUCUUGUGAAGGCCAAGGGUUCUUUCGUUCGAAAAUGGCCAUCCUGUACACCUCAAGCGCUGUCAUCGUCGCCAAUCCUUCGGCCGCUUUCAAGAGGGAGGCCGACCCUGCCGAGACGGCCAUGCCUACAGACCCCGAGCUUCGUAGGAAGCUGAACAUCAUGCACGCGAGGAGCCGCAUGAACAACGACGAAGACGUCACGGGCAACACUCUGUCGUCCAUCAACCUUGAUCCUCCUUCUGCUACCGUCGUCGCCGACGCCAAAUCUUCAUCUCCUGCCGCGUCCCUGAACAGGAAGCCUUUCUCUUCUGUUGCUUCCCCUAACGACAACGAUGAUGGCGACGACAAGAGCCCCGCCGCUGCCAACUCCGUUCCAGCGUCUACCGCCACCGCCGCCCCCUCUGGGUCUUCGCCGCCUUCUGCCGCCGACCUCAAGACUUCGGCUCCGGCCAACGUUGGCAAUAACCCCGCUUCGGGCAUGUCCAAAGCCGAUUUUUUUAUGGACAAGGCCCGUGAGUCUCGUGACGUUGGCAGCGCCGUCAACGUGGGCGGCGAGAAGGGCGGCGACGGGGGCAGGGGCCCUUCGACAGUUCCCCAACAAAUUCGCGGACUGGAAUUCCACCCCGACUUCGCCCUGAAGGUUGGACAAGUCUUGCUCGGGAGGCUCCCCAACCCGGCCAGGACAUCCAUAGCUUACGCCUCCCCCACCGACGGCUCCGUCAUCCUCGCGACGGCUAUCGGCAAGGCUCCGCGGGACGCAGACGGCAACACCACCGGUCCGGUGCCGCAGAAGAACCGGACCCUGCUCACGGCCAACCCGAGGAAAAUGUCCAAGGUCCGAGCUCGCCAAUCGGAGAACAUUGUGGCUAGGCUCGAAAAGAAGAGGGCGGCUCUCGAGGGCCGGACCCUCCGAAAGCACGGCUUCCUCAGGAGAAGGGCGAGGGAGCAAGCGGAGGCGCACAUGGGCGAGGCGACGCUCUUCAUCACCAAGAAGGGCGGCCUGGAAGUAUCGGUCGAUGGGAUCGUCGUGCUCCGGAUGUCUGGGCUAUCUUGGUUUGUCUUUCGCAGAACAGAUUUGUCGUACGAACUGCGAGUAGCCGAAGAAGGGGUGGUUAUCUUCAGGAGAGGGAUGUACGACUGGGGAAUCAAGGCUUGGGGCCCGUAG